GGAGAAAGGAAGUGUGCUACAUUAUCUAAGGGACCCACUCCCGGCUACCGCGGGUCUUGUAUUGGGUCGUUCGGGUCCCGGCUACCCGGUGCUGGCCUGAGCACUUGGGUUUCCGGAGACGAGUGGAGGUGGCCUCAAGCUCAGGACUUGCCGGUUUCUGCCUCGGACGCCACGGGCUGAUCUUAACCGCUGCUCGUUGGCUGUUCUUGCUGACCUUGGUCCAGGGUCGGAGCCAAUGGCAGCUUGGGCUGCUGUCAGCCUGAGCAGGGUCGCUGCCCGGUGCUUGAGGGGAGCUCUAGGCCCCGGGGUCCGGGCGGCUCUUUCACCCACCCUCGCGGCUUCCCAGCCUGAGCCCACGCGCUGUACCAGCGCUCCGGGCAGGACGCUGCACCUCACGGCGGCGGUCCCCGCCGGGCACAACAAGUGGUCCAAAGUCCGGCAUAUCAAGGGUCCCAAGGACGCCGAAAAGAGUCGCAUCUUCUCCAAGCUCUGUUUGAGCAUCCGCCUGGCAGUUAAAGGAGGCCCCAACCCUGAGCACAACAGCAGUCUGGCCAACAUCUUAGAGGUGUGUCGCAGCAAGCAUAUGCCCAAGUCAACGAUCGAGGCAUCGCUGAAAAUGGGGAAAACCAAGGAUGUUUAUUUGCUGUAUGAGGGCCGAGGCCCUGGAGGCUCUUCUCUGCUCAUUGAGGCAUUAUCUAACAGUGGCUCCAAGUGCUAUUCAGACAUCAGACGUAUCCUGAACAAGAAUGGGGGAAUGAUGGCUGAUGGAGCUCGCCACUCUUUUGACAAAAAGGGGGUGAUCGUGGUUGGAGUGGAGGACAAAGAGAAGAAAGCUGUGAACCUGGAGCGUGCCCUCGAGCUGGCAAUUGAAGCAGGAGCUGAAGAUGUCAAGGAAACUGAAGACGAAGAGGAAAAGAACAUUUUUAAAUUUAUUUGUGAUGCCUCUUCACUGCAUCAAGUGAGGAAGAAGCUGGACUCCCUGGGCUUGUGUUCGGUGUCCUGUUCUCUAGAAUUCAUCCCCAAUACAAAGGUGCAGCUGGCUGACCCUGACCUGGAGCAGGCCGCCCUUCUCAUCCAGGCUCUUGCCAACCAUGAGGACGUGAUCCAGGUCUAUGACAACAUUGAGUAACUAGCUCUGUGUGCCCCCGGGGGCCUUUCUAGGCAACUGGCAGCUCAUUCUGGAGCACAUGCUUCUGCAGUGACUGGGACUGAAGCAGAUUGGAGGCCUACCAGGGUAGGAGGCAUAAAACCAAGACCUGCGUGGAUACGGGAGUGGCCAAGGGAGUCACUGCAUCUCUGUGGGGCCUCUUUGUCAGCUCUGCUGGUGUCUCAGAGCUCUCCUGGCUAUAGGGAGGAGACAGCCAGCUAAUCAGACUCUGAUCUUAGGAAGUUGGUCCUUGGGGGAACAGCAGGUACCCUGAGGGCCCUUUUACUAGAAACUUCUCUUAAAUAAUAUAAUUGAUCUGGGUUGCUACA